AUGUUGGCCAUUGACAACCCUCACACGAUCAAGCUGCCUGGGGGCUCUGCAUUCCAGAAAUUGGUACCCAAUGCCGUCGCCCCUAAGCCGCUAGACCCUAAGGACAUCGCCUCGCAAUGGCUAGAAAAGUUCGCCGAGGUCUUGAGCACGGGCGAUGCAUCCAAACUUGACCGGAUCAUCUUUCAGGACGCUUGGUGGAGAGACCAGCUGGCAGUCACGUGGGAUAUGAGGACGCUCCACGGCCUCGACCGCAUUUCCUCAUACCUGGCCCCAAACAUAGCAGAAAUUGGGUUCCAGAAGCUCAAGCUCCAGGAUACUGGCAUCUACCAGCCGCGCGAAGAGUCUCCCAGCAGUGGCCUGUCAUGGGUCGAGUCCAUGUUUAGCUUCGAGACGGCCGUCGGCCGGGGCAAAGGGAUGCUGCGUCUUGUUCAGGACCAGGACGGGACAUACCGCGCCCUUAUGAUCUACACUGCUUUGCAGGAGAUUAAAGGUCAUGAGGAACUAAUUGGUGCAAGGAGGCCACAUGGCGGGAACGAGUCCCUGAAAGACGGCGUUAAGAUGGAAAACUGGCUGGAGCGACGACAGAAGGAGGUCGAGUUCAAGGACGGGGACCCAGCUGUUCUGAUCAUCGGCGCUGGUCAAUCCGGACUGAAUGUGGGUGCCCGCCUGCGUAACGUCGGCAUCUCAUCCUUGUUGAUAGACAAGAACGAGCGUGUCGGCGACAACUGGAGGAACCGCUACCGGACCCUAGUCACCCAUGAUCCAGUGCAGUACACGCACAUGGCCUUCAUGAAGUUCCCCAGCAACUGGCCCCUGUUCACACCCAAGGAUAAGCUGGGGGACUGGUUCGAGAUCUACGGCAGCGCCAUGGAGCUCAACAUAUGGCUCAAGACAACGGUCAAGUCGGCAUCGUACGACGACGCCACACAAUUGUGGACCGUGUCAGUACUCCGCAACAGCAGCGAGGAGCGUAUCCUAAAGCCCAAGCACAUCGUCUUUGCCACUGGCCACGCUGGCGAGCCCAAAAUCCCCACCUUCUCGGGUCAGGAGAAGUUCAAGGGAAUCGUCUACCACGGAAGUCAACACGAGGACGCCACAGUUAAGGGCCAUAUGGCGGGGAAGAAGGUGAUUGUGGUUGGCACGGGUAAUUCCGGCCACGACAUAGCGCAGAACUACUACGAGUGCGGCGCCAACGUGUCAAUGCUUCAACGACGUGGCACCUACGUUAUUUCAGCUAAGAAGGGGCUUUUCAUGCUCCACGAAGGCAUUUAUGAUGAGACGGGGCCGCCGAUCGAGGAUGCUGAUAUUUGCGCACAGAGCCUGCCUAUCCCCAUCCAGUUUGCCCUGAACGUGGGUCUAACGGAGAGGAUUAAGGAAGCUGAGCGUGAAAAUAUCGAAGGACUCACGAAAGCCGGGUUCAAGCUCGAUUUUGCAGAGGACGGCUCAGGAAUCUAUAGAAAGUACAUCACUCGAGGAGGUGGUUAUUAUAUCGACAUUGGUGCGAGCCAAUUGAUCAUCGACGGCAAGAUCAAGGUCAUCCAGAGCCCGGACGGUAUUGAAGGUUUCGAAGAAAAUGCUUUGGUUUUGGCUGAUGGCCGGAAGCUGGAAGCUGAUAUCGUGGUGCUGGCGACGGGUUUUGAUAACAUGAGAACAACAGCAAGAAAGAUCCUUGGUGACAAGAUCGCUGAUAGGGCCAAAGACGUCUGGGACCUGGACGAGGAGGGUGAGGUUAACACGAUGUGGAGGCCCAGUGGCCAUCCUGGGUUGUGGUUCAUGGGUGGAAGUCUGGCUCUGUGCAGGAUUCACUCGCGCACUGUUGCUCUUCAGAUACAGGCGGCACUCUUUGGCUUGAAUAAGGACUACAGAGCUUGA